CCGAUACGUCAAGAUAGGUAUCUCAGACAAGAUAAUAAAAGUACCGGUACACUGCACAGGGGCACGACCAAACUCCACACACCGCAGCCUGACGCACCGCGUAGCUCAAGUUAAUCCAUGGGAACGAGCUCUUCCAAAGGUGGAGAGAGCUCCUGCUAUAUCAGCCCAACAGCUGCAAAAGCUCCGUUUGAUCAUCCGCCAAUUCAGGCACUUGUCCUACUGUUAGCACUAAAUUGCGCCGCCUCGCCAAAAAAACACCAUCAACGACAGCGGGUGAACUCGAAGCCACAAAGGACAAAACUAACUGUCCCAAACAAUUGAAACCAAUAAGACCUCCCUUGUUCGCCGACGCCCGUCGCUGCGCGUGAUCACCUCGCCCAGCAUGUGGAUCCGCCCAGCUACGAUGAUGCUGGCGACGGCAAUGCGCGCCGGCGCGCUCACCUCGGGCAGCCGCGUGGCCAACGUCGCGGCCUACCGCCUCGUCCUCGCAGCCCGCCCCAUGGCGACGGCCGCGGCGAACAAGUCAACCGCCACCACCACCGGCGCAGCAGCAGCAGCGGGAAAGGCAAAGGCAGCACCAAAGAAGAAGGCAGCGGCCAAGCCCAAGGCCAAAAAUACGCAGGCCAAGCCCAAGGCGGUGAAGAAGAAGGCCGUCAAGGUCUCCAGACCCCCCCAGUCGCCAGAAAGGAUAGAGGCCCAGAAGCUGGCCGCGAAGAAGAAGGCAAUGCGCGAGAAAAGGAUCGAACUGACUAGACUUGGCCUCUUCACCGAGCCGCCAAAAGAGCCGGAGGUCGCGCUUCGGGUAUUCUUGAAGCAGUGGUGCGCUAAGAAUUCGAUCCCGGGGAAAGGACCAGUAUUUCAGGACAUGCAUAAUGCGUUCAAAGCUCUGUCACCCGCAGAGCUCCAGGAACUCGAAGAGACGGCGGCUAAGAACAAAAUCUCCAACGAGAUUGCCCACAAGGCUUGGGUUCAAUCGCACACGCCCUCCGAGAUCAAUGAGGCCAACAAGGCCCGCCACUAUCUCGCUCGCGUGUUUAAGUUGAAGUCAGUCAAGGGAGUUUGCCUAACCAGGGGUCACAUCAAGGACGACCGUAUACCCUCCUCCCCUCUGUCGCCUUAUAUGAACUUUAUGAAGCUCAGAUUGAAAGAAUUGUCACAUCAAGCACCUGACAACUUCCGCACCGGUGUGAACAUGACUGAUGCGGCUACCGCCUGGAAAAAAUUAUCGGAAGCUGAACGCAAGGUUUAUGAAGACAUGUUCCGCGCCGAGCGGGCCGAUUAUGACAGGAAGAAGAUGGAACUUAACCUAUGAUAGAGCUUGUUCGAAAUCGCACUCUAUUCCAGAAGCCGGUUCAUGAAACUUAGUUCAGGGCCGCGGUCGAUCGGUACUUUCUGUCAGGCACUAUCGUUUUACAAUUCAUCUUUUUUUUUUUCCUUGUCCUUCUGUGUCAACCCCAAAGUUAGUCACCCAACCCAGUGGGUACUAAGGGAGCGCAAGCAAGAUUCCCCUUUUUCGUUGGUUGUGUUUCUACUGUAACUAUCGAGAGAUUUUUCCAGGUUCAAGGUUUCCUUUUGCUUUGUCCAAUGUACAUUAAAGGCGGGAUAUAUCAAUUGUUGCGCACACUUCGACUUCUUUUUUUUUUUUCUGUUUCACGGGCGUGUUUGUUUGGCAGCGUGCAUGUUAAGAGAUAUCUGUGCAUUGAAGAUUAUAACUAUAGGUAUACAGUCAUCAGAAGCGAAGCGAUCUGCUCUCUCGUAAGUAGGAAGAGCAUCUUACUUCAGACCAUACUAAGAAAUAGAAAAAAGGAGGGUAUUUUUUUCUAAAAUUCACAAAAAGCCUGUUUCCCA